AUGGGCUGGACCACGCCUUGGCCGACCUCCACAACGGAGUUCAAUCCCGCUCUCGUCAACGCCCGAGUUGAGCUUCGAUUCCUCAACUUCGGCAUCGGUUCGAGCCCCUUCUCUGCCCUGAACGUGUGCUUCGAGACUGCGCUCCCCAUGAUCAUGGCCCUCCGUGACCGUCUCGGAGCGCACGGGCUCUGCCUCGACUUUGCGGGCGAGCUCACUCCCCGCCUCCCCGAGCAGUACACGUUCAACGGCGUCGAGAACAUUGAGCGCCCGCUGCUCAAUGCAGAGCUCGGACUUGACCUCGAUGUCCGGCAAGGCAAGCUCCGCGUCGGUAAGAAUUGCCUCAACGCUCGUGCCGUGGACAUCGACGGGUGGGAUGAUGGCCAGUUCGAGCGGCACGUUGGUGACGACUUCGUUGCUGCCGAAGCUCUCCUGUCCCUGGGCGUGGAUGGCGUUGAGGACAGUCACUCGUGGCUGGUAUCGGCUCUUCACGUUGCUCGGCACUGGAAGCCUGCCUUUUAUCUGCAAGACCUUUGGCCGAGGCACUCCUAA